AUGGAAGACGACAGUUAUUUCCCUGACACCGAUCUCGAUUUCAGCUUCACCUCCACAACCACAGACCGUACAUUCGCCUCAUCAAGCGCUCGCUCGAGUCUCACUCGCUCAAGCCUCACAUUAAGCUUCAACGACAGACUCUCCACCGCCACAACCCCUUCAACCACCACUUCCUCCGCUCCAACCACACUCCACCACCGUCGCUACGAUCCUCACUGGACAGCAAUCAGAGCCGCAAACACUCUCUCCUCCGACGGACGGCUCCAUCUCCGCCAUUUAAAACUCGUCCGCCACCUCGGAACCGGGAAUCUCGGCCGAGUUUUCCUCUGCCACCUCCGUGAUUGCCCUGACACCACCGGAUUCGCGCUUAAAGUAAUCGAUCGCGACGCUCUCACGGCGAAGAAGAUUUCGCACGUGGAAACAGAGGCGGAGAUCCUCUCCAUGCUUGACCACCCGUUCUUACCUACACUCUACGCACGAAUCGACGCUUCUCACUACACGUGUCUCCUCAUCGAUUACUGCCCCAACGGAGAUUUACAUUCAUUGCUCCGGAAACAACCUGGUAACCGGUUACCGAUUUCUCCGGUUAGAUUCUUCGCCGCCGAAGUCCUCGUCGCACUAGAGUACCUCCACGCUCUCGGAAUCGUUUACCGAGAUCUCAAACCGGAGAACAUUCUAAUCCGUGAAGAUGGACACAUCAUGCUCUCCGAUUUCGAUCUCUGUUUCAAAGCCGAUGUAGUCCCCACUUUCCGAUCUCGACGAAUCCGGCGAGUCUCGUCUCCUCCGUCUUCUCCGUCGUCGCAUCGGAGAUUGUUAAGAAGUCGCCGUAUAGGCGGUUGCUUCUCCGCGGCGGAGGUAGAGUACGAGCGAGAAGAAAUCGUGGCGGAGUUCGCUGCGGAGCCAGUGACGGCGUUUUCUAAGUCGUGUGUAGGGACUCACGAGUAUCUAGCGCCGGAGCUCGUCGCCGGAAACGGACACGGAAGCGGAGUAGACUGGUGGGCGUUUGGGAUAUUUCUCUACGAGAUGUUAUACGGAACGACGCCGUUUAAAGGUGGGACCAAGGAACAGACCCUGCGCAACAUAGUAUCCAACGAUGACGUGGCGUUUCCGUUAGAGGUUGAAGAGGACGGUGUAACGGAAGCGAAGGAUUUGAUCGAGAAGCUGUUGGAGAAGGAUCCGAGGAAAAGGCUAGGAUGCGCCAGGGGUGCGCAGGAUAUCAAAAGGCAUCCGUUUUUCGAAGGGAUCAAAUGGCCGUUGAUCAGAAACUAUAAGCCGCCGGAGAUUCGAGGUCUGGUGAAGAAGACGAAGGCACAUGCUGGUCACGUGAGUGCUGUGUCGUCGCCACGGAGGAGGAAGUGGUUGUGGUGGGCCCUAAAGAAUUUACUGCGGAGUAAAAGCUUGAAAGGGAGUAGCAGUAAAAUUCAGAGCAACAAUAACUACUACCAUUAUGUGGGUAAAAGCUAUGACGCAAGUCGCAAACGCGUUUAA